AAAGUUGCAAUGGCUUCCUUGGUGAUCUUUGCGCUGGUUUUCUUCGCAGUAAAUCAAGGUAUAACGAGGCAAUUGGAGGAGGAAGAAGAAAGCAAAGGAUUGGUCGACUUGUCCACCAAAGAAUACGGAGAUGAGAGAGGUACAACGAAGCAACUGGAGGAAGAAGAGGAGGACAAUGGAAAGAAAUUGGUCGACUUGUUCACCAAAAAAUACGGAGAUGAGAGAAUAUUAGAAAAAUCAAUAUGUCUCAUAGAUGGUACAUGCGUCGACAUCGUCGAUAGAAUUGAAAGCGAUGGCAAAAGACCUGCAAUUGUUCGAGAAAUUGGUUACGAUUCUAUUAGAUUGACUUCGUUGUUGCUGAAAACGCCCUUUGAUCUCACCGAAGAAAAAAUGGACACAGCAGAUUGGAGGAUAGAUAGAAGAACGCCAAGAUUCGAUACCUAUGUUACCACAAUGAUAGAGGAAAUGUUUACAAGUGGGGCAAUCUCUAUGAACCGAAAGGUCUCUGCUUCUGUUCUCUCCUUAGGCCUUGGAGGAGGAAAUUUGAAUUCUUAUCUCCAUCAUAAUUAUCGAAACUUGAAUAUAACGGUCGUCGAAUAUGAUCCACAGAUGCUGAAUAUAUCAGAGUUUUGGUGCGGUUUGAUGCUGGACGAAAUGCAUAGGGUGAUCAUAGCGGAUGGUACGGAAUUUGUGAAGAAGUGUGCUGACCAAGGUGAGAAAUUCGAUGUAAUUUUCUUGGAUGCAUGCAUCGUGGACCAUUCGUCCAUGUUCAUUUGUCCGGCUCAAAAGUUCGUCGCUGCUAACGUAGCAAAUGACUUAGCCAAUAUACUGAAAUCAAACGGUUGGUUUUUUGUCCUUAUUUGUGUCUCCAAAAAUUGA